GCGCGGGGCGUGGCGGCGGGGGGGGGCGUGGCGGGUGGCGGGCGGCGCGCGGCGGCCGGGGCGCGCGGCGGCGGCGGCAGCGCCAUGUCGAUGGAGGACCCCUUCUUCGUGGUGAAGGGGGAGGUGCAAAAAGCCGUGAACACUGCCCAGGGGCUCUUCCAGAGAUGGACGGAGCUCUUGCAAGAUCCCUCCAUCGCCACAAGAGAAGAAAUCGACUGGACCACUAAUGAGCUCAGGAAUAACCUGCGGAGCAUCGAGUGGGACCUGGAAGACUUGGAUGAAACAAUUAGCAUCGUUGAGGCAAACCCACGGAAAUUCAACCUCGAUGCAACAGAGCUGGGUAUCAGGAAAGCCUUCAUCACGAGCACGCGGCAGGUGGUCAGGGAAAUGAAGGAUCAGAUGUCCAACUCCUCCAUGCAAGCGCUGGCUGAAAGGAAAAACAGGCAGGCACUCCUGGGAGAAAGUGGGAGUCAGAGUUGGAGCUCUGGACCUGACAAAUACAGCCGCCUGGACCGGGAGCUGCAAUUAGCAAAUUCACACUUCAUCGAGGAGCAGCAAGCUCAACAACAGUUGAUUGUGGAGCAGCAAGAUGAGCAGUUGGAGCUGGUCUCUGGCAGCAUCGGGGUGCUGAAGAACAUGUCCCAGCGCAUUGGCGGAGAGCUGGAGGAGCAAGCAGUGAUGCUGGACGACUUCUCCCAUGAGUUAGACAGCACUCAGUCGCGGCUUGAUAACGUCAUGAAGAAGCUCGCCAAAGUGUCUCACAUGACGAGUGAUCGACGGCAGUGGUGUGCAAUUAUCAUCCUCUUCGUCAUCUUGCUGGUGGUGCUCAUCCUGUUUUUUGUCCUGUGAUGGACUGAACUUCUUCGGACGCCCCCUCCCCGCCCCCUCACCCCCGUAGCACGGGGAAACGAAACUCUCACCGUUUCCGUCCGCCCACAGAGAUCCCAGGCAAGAAAACCCGCACUCAGCUCUCACCAUUCUCCUCUGAGGAUCACGGCUUGGCUCCGCCGGCGUCUCACCUGGCCCGGGGAGAGGUGGUGGAGGACUGGAGCUGCCUCCUCCCCCGGCAUGGUGCGAUCUGGACCUGGGCUCCAGGUCUGGACCUAGGCAGCUGGAGGGGGACUUGACCCCUGCGCUUCCACCCGGUGCAGGUAGGAGCCAGUUGCAGCAGUCCUGAGCUGCCUGCGGUCGGAUGCGGACACAGAGCAGUGAGCCCUGGGGAGGACGGGACUGGUGGGGUGGUGGUGGGGGGGAGGAAAUUAGUUAAUUCACUGAGCAUUACAAACCGCAUUGCCAGCCUAAAGCAUUACCGGGAGGAGCGGUGGCGUGAAACCCCACGCUGCCUUCCUCCCACGGCCGCCGACUUGCCGCCCAGACACCCCGGUGAGGCUGCAGCAGAGUGUUCACAUCCACCGCCCCUCGGCAGGAGCUUACGCGCAGGUGAGCCGUAGGGUGUAGUGUCCUGCCGUCAGCCGGCCAGGCACAAUCAAGAACCCCAGAGCUUUAAACUUGGGUUGAUGCGCGCUGAAAGCUGGCAAACAACCGUUAUCCAGAGAGUGAGUUUCUUAAAGCUUUUAAAAUUGCCUCCCUCGUUAUACAAGCCUCUAAAGCUCAUUGACUGAUGCUUUCUCUGCCCUUGUAUAACUGAGUAACUGCUUCUGUUUAACAGCUGCUUCCCUUUGGCAAGUGAUUUGUCAGGUCUAAAAUAACUUAUUUUUUUUAAGGAAAAAAAAAACAAAACAAAACAAAGCUUGUAAAGAUUUUUUUGAUGACCGUUCGAGCCACAUUCUCUCUCUGGGUGCACAACACGCAUUAGCAGAGGAAUGGGGGCUCAAUUAUGUAUUUUAAGUGCAUAUAAACUUGUAAAUAGGAUGUCUUAAUCUUUCCCAACUGCUAUUUUUUAGACACUCUGUUGUAAGCAACCAAAAGGCAGGCGAUUCAAAGAUAGGUCGUGUUUCUGUAUUACUGCCCUUUUGUUACCUUUGAGUUGUUUGUCACUUGAGUUGUCUCAGCAGUGUCGGAUUAGCCUAGUUGUCUCCCUCAGACAGUGAAUUAGGAGGGAGCCAGGUGGUCGAUACCAAAAUGUGGUGAAGAAAGCUCACCCUGGCAGUAUUACUGGGGGAGAAAUGCAGAUGGGGGUUUCGUGCUGCAAACACCGAUGGCAGGAUGUGGGGUGGCUUCUUCGGGAAAGCAAACCCGAUUUCUUACUAAAGCCUGCUCCCACAUUUAAGUUGCAAACACCAAAGGACUUGGGACAGGCUGGCUUAUGCCUCCCAUCUGGGUCUCAGAUGGGGCUGGGGGAGGAAAUUAAUUGGUGCUGACGCUAAGACUUCUGCUAAAAUAGCAAAUCGCGCCCCCCCGCCGCCCCCCAAAAAUCGUCCUCCCCAAGUGGGAAGCUCGCCACCAGACGGCUUUACCUCCGGGAUGCUUAUCCCAGACCGAACACUCCUCCCCAGUGGGUCUGUGGCUUCCUUCAAGCGGCUGUGUGACCCCGCCGCAGGCGCCGGGUGCUGACAGCCGGCUGCACCGUGCCUUCUGCAGCCGGGCGCCGGACAGAGGGGCGAGAUCAAGCUCCCUGCCAUGCCUGGGUGGGUGCUCCCGUCGUUAACGCACACGUGCCCUUAGCGCUAAUUAUUUCAGCAGUUGCUCUUUAUCCUUGCGGAGCACCUCAUUUCUGUUGGUUACGCUGUAAGAAAUACGCAGUGUCCCCUUUCCAGGGCUGGCUAUCGCGGUGUCCGUGCGGCUCCUUGGGCUUAAUACCUCUCUGAGAGCAGGUUUCCUGGGAGCGCGAGUCCGACCGGGGAGCGGGGCUUGCCGUUGCCUGGUAUUUGCCCACCUCCGAUCCCUGCGUUAUUUUCGGCAUGGUUGUGCAUCCUCCGGGAAUGACUCCUGGCGCUCCGUGCGGGACCGCUCCUUCAUUAGUCCGGCAUACUGCCGGAGGGUGGCCCAGCUGCUGGUAUCACCGCAAGCCACCAGACUGUCUUCAGUCCCUUUUCCUGUGUACAGUUGCUUUUUCUGCUGUUGGUGGUGCCCCCUCCCUUUAACAUUAAAUAAAUGCGUUGCUGCUGCCCAGCGUGGCACAGCAGAGAUCA